AUGAAGCAAAGGUUCUCGUCUUUGGAUGUCAAGGUCAUCACCAAGGAGCUCGCCUCGGAGAUAGUCAACCUGCGAGUUUCCAACAUUUACGAUCUCUCAUCGAGAAUCUUCCUAUUCAAACUUGCAAAACCCGAUCACCGCAGACAACUCGUCGUCGACUCAGGUUUCCGAUGCCAUGUCACCCAAUACUCGCGAGUAACGGCUAGCACGCCCUCUAACUUCGUGUCUCGCAUGCGCAAAACUCUCAAAUCACGUCGGAUCACUUCUGUCGAGCAAAUUGGGACAGACCGCAUCAUCGACUUUUCUUUCAGCGAUGGCAUGUACCAUAUGUUCCUGGAAUUUUUCGCCGGUGGCAACAUCAUCAUCACCGAUCGGGAAUACAAUAUCAUCGCCCUAUUUCGCCAGGUUCCUGCUGGUGAGGGACAGGAGGAGGUCAAGCUCGGGCUGAAAUACACAGUGGCCGACAAGCAAAAUUACCACGGGGUCCCCGAAAUUACCCUGGACAGGAUUAAGGAGACAUUGCAAAAGGCAAAGGAGCUAUUUUCCAAGGAAGAUGGAGCACCUAAAAAGUCCAAGAAGAAGGGGGUAGAUGUUCUGCGGAAGGCUCUAUCGCAGGGAUUCCCGGAAUACCCCCCGCUUUUGCUGGAUCACUGCUUUGCUGUCAGAGAAUUCGACCCGUCAACGCCAUUAGAUCAGGUCUUGAGGGAUGAGGACUUAUUACAAAAGGUCAAUGGUGUCCUGGAGGAAGCUCAGAAUGAAUCCGCAAAAUUUUCCACUGGUGACAGCCAUCCUGGGUAUAUUGUCGCAAAAGAAGACAAUCGCCCAGCUCCCGAACCGACCACUGAAGGCGAGGCAUCAAAAAAGCCUGGUCUUCUCUAUGAAGACUUCCAUCCUUUUAGACCAAAGCAAUUCGAGGGCAAGCCUGGCCUAACUAUUUUGGAGUUCGAACGCUUCAACGCCACAGUUGACGAGUACUUUUCGUCGUUGGAGUCGCAGAAACUGGAGUCGCGGCUUACGGAGCGCGAGGAGGCAGCGAAGAGAAAGCUUGAGGCCGUGAGGCAAGAGCAUGCCAAAAAGAUUGGUGCUCUCCAAAAUGUCCAGGAAUUGCAUAUCCGCAAAGCUGGUGCAAUCGAGGAUAACGUCUAUCGAGUCCAGGAGGCGAUGGAUGCUGUCAAUGGAUUGAUCGCUCAAGGUAUGGACUGGGUGGAGAUUGCGCGCUUGAUUGAAAUGGAGCAAGCAAGAGGUAAUCCAGUUGCGAAGAUUAUCAAGUUGCCAUUGAAACUCUACGAAAACACUAUCACGCUUCUUCUUGGAGAAGAAGAGGAGGAGGAGGAGGAGGAAGAAGAAGAACUUUUCUCAAGUGAUUCCGACGAAGAAUCGGAGAGUGACGAGGAGGAAACCGAAGUCAAGAAUAAGCAAAAAGAGUCAACGAUGCUGACUAUCGACAUUGAUCUCGGUCUUUCGCCAUGGGCAAAUGCAACACAAUACUACGAACAAAAAAAGAUGGCUGCAGAGAAGGAACAAAAGACGACCCAAUCAUCCAGCAAGGCGCUCAAGAGCCACGAGAAAAAGGUGACACAAGAUUUGAAGCGAGGCCUGAAGCAGGAGAAGCAAGUCCUUAGGCAAACUCGGACCCCUUUUUGGUUUGAAAAAUUCCUGUUCUUCAUCUCUUCGGAGGGAUACUUGGUACUAGGUGGCCGUGAUGCUAUGCAAAGCGAGAUGCUUUAUCGGCGACACCUCAAGAAGGGCGAUGUUUUUGUGAACGCCGAUUUGGAUGGAGCCACACCAAUGAUCGUCAAAAACAGAAUUGCGACUCCUAAUGCCCCUAUACCGCCAAGUACCCUUUCUCAAGCAGGUAAUCUCUGCGUUGCCACUUCAAGUGCUUGGGACUCCAAAGCAGUGAUGGCUGCAUGGUGGGUUCACGCAGACCAAGUGACGAAGACAUCUGCAGCGGGUGAUCUUCUUCCUACGGGAGAGUUCCUACCUAAAGGCGAGAAGAAUUUCCUUGCUCCCUCUCAGCUGGUCCUUGGAUUUGGAGUCAUGUUCCAGAUUAGCAAAGAGAGCCUUCGAAACCAUAAGACGCAUAGGUUUGAUGAAGUUGCAGCUACAGAGUCGCCUUCCGGUGAUGCCAGCACCCAAGACCAAAUCCCUUCAGCGGAAACUCAAGACGGCGAGUCGGAUGAAGAGGGUCAAGAAGAUGAUGAAAACGAAGGGUAUGUCGAAGAAGAACAGACAGAGGUUCCCAAGGAGGCCCAGGAAUCUUUGGAUGAGGUAGAAAGGGCAUUGGCAGAGGAUUCAUCGCAAAAACAAGGAAAACGACAUCUGUCCGCAAAGGAACGUCGCAUGUUAAGACAGGGCAAGCCUAUCGAUGCCAUUAAACAAGACAAUAAUGAGAGUUCGCCCAAGGCAAAGGCCGGUACACCCGCAUCAACACAACCACAAGCCUCAAGACAAGUCCAGCCCCCUACUCGUGCUAAGAAAGCAAAGGCCAAGAAGAUCGCAGCCAAGUAUGCCGAUCAGGAUGAUGAAGACCGUGAGUUGGCUCUUCGCUUGCUAGGUAAUAGCAAAGCCAAGGCCGAAAAGGCUGCGGCCGCAGCUGCUGCCAAAGAGAAUCGGGAACGAGAAGCUCAGGCGCAAAAGCAGCGCCGCAAGGCACAGCACGAGCGUGCAGCAGAGGCAGAGCGAAAGCGACAGGCUCUAUUUGAAGGAGGUGCUGAUGAUUAUGACGAGGAAACCGCGGCAGCAGAAGCGGCAGACGUUGCUUGGAUUCCUGCACUAAUCGGAACUCCUUCUCCCGAAGAUGAGAUUCUGGCUGCCAUCCCCGUGUGUGCACCUUGGGGAGCACUGGGCCAAUACAAAUACCGAGUGAAGCUGCAGCCUGGUACAGUGAAGAAAGGAAAAGCCGUCAAAGAGAUGCAUGGACGAUGGGUGUCCGAAAUGACUACCGGAAAGGUCAAGAAGGAGCACGCUGAGGAUGCUGGGCUUAGCCGCGCCGACGCCGAGAAACUUCGGGCACGAGAGGGAGAGCUGGUCAAAGCAUGGAAAGAUACAGAGAUUGUGAACGUCCUGCCUGUGGGUAAGGUGCGAAUUAUGUCCGCACCGGGUGGAGGAGGAGAUGGAAAAGCGAAGGGUAAAGGAGGAGGAGGUGGAGGCAACAAGGGAGGAAAGGACGAUACCCUCCUUGCCCCUCAGUUCCGUCGAAAGGCCUGCCAUUACAGACUGGCCAAGUUGUUUUACUUCACCCAUCGUCUGUUUGCUGGCGGCCGUCCGCGCAGCUUUGCCAGAUUCUUUACAACCACAAUGGCGGCCAAAGAAAAUACUCGUAUCUUGUCUGUCCAUCGACUGAACCAGGAGGGUCCUGGUGGGCAGUCUUUGGCGGAAUGGUGGGCCAAAGAGUGCAGUGAUAACACACCUGAAGCCUCUGCGAUUCAAGAAGCAGCCAAUCUUCUCCGAACGAGCGAUAUCCCCGUUGCGUUUCCGACAGAGACGGUAUAUGGGCUGGGAGCCGACGCGACACGGAGUGGUGCGGUGCAGGGAAUAUACAAAGCGAAACAAAGACCAUCGGAUAACCCAUUGAUUGUCCAUGUUGACUCUCUGGAUAUGUUGGAACGGCUACUUAACCCCAUGCAAAGUCACCCAUCGUCUACGACAAAGACGCCCAAAGCUUCUAUCCCUUCCAUCUAUGAAUCUGUGAUCAAGCGCUUUUGGCCUGGUCCUCUGACCAUUAUUCUCCCCAACCCAUCGGGAUCGGUUCUCGCUAAGGAGGUUACCUCAAAACUGACGACAUUUGGCGUGCGCAUGCCUUCUUCGCCACUGGCGCGCCUAUUGAUCCAUGCCGCGGACCGACCCCUGGGUGCUCCCUCAGCCAAUGCUUCUACAAAGCCAUCCCCGACGACGGCACAACAUGUGUAUCAUGACAUGAAUGGACGUAUUGAUCUCAUCCUUGACGGCGGCCAGUGUGGGGUGGGAGUGGAAAGUACUGUGGUUGACGGUCUUUCUGACCCCCCGGCUAUCUUGAGGCCUGGUGGAAUCGGAAUUGAGGAACUACGACAGUGUGCCGGGUGGGAAAAUGUACAGGUUGGAUAUCAUGACGGUACACUAGAUGCCAAGGAGGCGCCUCGCGCCCCAGGGAUGAAAUAUCGACAUUACUCACCCAAAGCCCGUGUGGUCCUGUUCGACCCCGGCUCCGAUCCUACUGCGGUUACAGCACGUGUGCGUCAGGAUAUGGAAGAUUCUGCAGUGGGAGCACACAUGGUUGGCAUCGCGAGGACCCAGCACUGGAAGCAGGGGUUGGGAUUAAUAUUAGAGGAGGAGAUGAAGAAGACGCUGAACCCUAUUUCAUCGUCGUCGAUUGACCAUUUUGUCAGCUUCGCUGUUCCCGUGAAGGACGAGGCGAAUGGCUGCAUGACAACGAAGACCGCUUUCGAUUGCCAUCUGGGAGCGGAUGCCGAGUCCAUUGCCCACGGGCUUUUCUCGGUUCUCCGGGAAAUGGACGAAAAAGACGUGGAUGUGAUCUACGUCGAGGGCAUCUCCAACCUCGAUGGAGAUUUGACAGCCGCCGUGAUGAACCGACUGCGGAAAGCGGCUGGAGUGGAAAUCCGGGUGUGA